UCUCAGUUAAUAACGGUUCUUUAGCGAGUUCGAAUGUCUCGAAGGAAGGAAUUAUACGAGUAACAAAAGCGGUAAAGAAUUUCGUCUUCGCGAUAUUUAUGUAGUUAGCAUAGUUUUGUUUCAGCUUAGACCCAUCGUCCAUUUGAACAAUUGAAACAUAUGUUCAUAAAGUUUUAAGGGAUUUUCGAAACUGCUGGCGUGUUUUUACUUAAAAAUUCCCUCAACGAAGUUAACGGUUUAAGAUUUAAGGAAAAAAUCAAAUUAAGUGAAGUGAAGUUUAUGCGUGAGUCCUUAUGGUGCUAUAAUGGAUGAAGUUUUGUGGCUUGAAGAGCACUUAUUUUCCACCCCUAAUCCCCAUUUCUUGUGUUUUAUUUUAUAAAAUUUUACUUGCUAUUUAAUCUUUGGCGUAAUAUCAAAAAUAUACCAUCGUGAAAUAGAUUAAAGCGCAUCCUGUGAGGGAUAACCUAUAAUUUCAUCAAAAAACAAGCAGAGUAUCUAACGGUCGACCAAUUAAAAGAUACAAGCUGGAUCAUCAAUUACCCCAAGCAGAUACAACACCAGGAGUUUCAGAAGAAUGGGGCUCUGGGUGGAAUGGACCCGAGUUCAUUGUCGAAGUCCAAGAAACUACGUUAAACAUCGACCUGCGUCACGGGGACAACACAUUAAAUUCAACAAAUCACACAGCAGAAGCUGGCCCCAAACUCAUCAUCCGCACCGAAGAAGUUCUCAUUGUUGGAGUUGUACUGAUGCUAUGGGUGGGUUCAAUAGUUUUAUUCUUUAAUCGUUGGGGUAAAAUCCGAAUGCUGGAGCCAUAUCAACCGAAAUUCCAGCAGCAGCAUAGGUCUUCCUGUCCACUCGUCGAUUUGGACUCACUGCAUUCACAUCCGCGAGCAUCCGUGUCCAGAAUGUCAAUGGGGAUGGUGGGCAAUUUAAAUAUACCAGCUUGUAAAUUCGCGACAUAUAGCCCCACAAUAUAUACAAAAGCAUACACACCAUAUGUUCGACCUCGCCAAAAUUCCGUCUUUGUGGGACCACAAGUUGUUAUUCAAAAACCACCUAGAAAAACACGAUCAGCUAUGGAUAUACAUUCAAUGGUUCUAGACGAAUCAGCAGAACACGUAUAAAAAUAUGGACAUUUGAAAAAAUGUCCUUUUUUAAGAAAAUAAUUAAAUAAACCGUCUAAAAGAAAACUAAAAUUAUAUAUUUAUGUAAAUUUAAAAUAAAAACAAAAUCAAAGCUUCUAACUCGAGUGGACCUAAAAACUAAAACAAAAUAAUGAGAAUAUUUAAAGCUUUAAAACUUACAAACAACUGGACCUUCAAUUAAGUAACUUAAAAAUAAAUAAAUAAUAAAAAAAUGAAACGAACAAAGAUGAAACAAUUUUGUAUUAUCUCCCGCAUACCUUUUUACAAAAUAAAAAUCAAAAAACUCCUUCAUACAUAUAAAAAUGUACAUUUAAUAUUUUUUUAAGCAAAAAGGACCAGAAGGAUUUCGAGUGGUUAUGAAUCAAAGAGAAAGAAACAAAAAC